AUAGGCAGCGAAGGGGGCGUGUAAUCGUACGCUCAGAGGGCGGCUCACCGAGAGCUGCGAGUUCGCCGGCGGAAGAGGAUUUUCGGCUCACAUAGCUACCGAGCCGCUGAGCCUGGCGCCAUGACGUCAGCAUCCACCAAGGUCGGGGAGAUCUUCUCAGCUGCUGGAGCUGCUUUUACAAAACUGGGAGAAUUGACCAUGCAGCUUCACCCAGUGACCGACUCCUCCCCAGCAGGGGCUCGCUGGACAGACACAGAGAUUCAGAUGUUACAUGCGGCUGUCAGACGCUUCGGGGAAGACUUAAAUCAGAUCAGCUCAGUUAUCAAGGAAAGGACAGUUGCUCAAAUCAAGUUUGCUGUGAAGCGAAAGAUUUAUGAUGAUAGCGGAGUUCCUUUAUCUAGCGAGUCCCCGAGGAAGCUAAUAAAGAAGGUGGUCCCUGUGUCUUCUUCUGUCCCAGCUGUCAUCGCAGUCUCUGCACCGCAGGUUGUAAGUGGCACAACUCUUCCUGAAGGAUCACAGGGUGCCUUGAAAAAGCGCAAGUCAUCUGCAGAUGUAACUCUUAGUGCUCUUAAUGACUCAGACGCCAACAGUGACCUCGUGGAUAUCGAAGGGUUGGGAGACCGGAGCACCGUGAAAAAACUAAACUUUGACCAGGAUAAUCUAAAUUUGGACUCCAGUUUCAUAAUGAACUCCAGUGACCUUCCUCUCUUAUCUCGUUGAUGCAUUGCGACUUGUGACCCCUUGUGUACAUAGACCUUCGACCAACCCCUGUAAGCUCAUGUAGCAUUCGUGUUCCGGUUUUAAGCCUGGAGAUACCUGCAAAUGACUUGUAGAAGGACAAAGACUUUGUGACCAGCAAUUACAUGAUGGACCUUAUAGACAAUACUUUUCAUCUUUUUUAAAUAAAACAUUAAAGUGUUGGAACAAAACA